GUGGGAUUGAGCCCAACAGAAAACAGUGUUAUGUCCUCGUUUUGUUUCCUCUCAAAAUAAAAGUGUGUAAUUUGUUCUGUUAUUUUUUAGAAGAAAGAAAAAUAGAGAAGGUCUGGCCGGGUUAAAGAUUUUGGUGAGUAGAUUGGGAGGUGGUGGGUGUAGAAAUAGAAGGAAGAAAUUGAAGAUUAAAUUCAAAGUAAUGGAUGAUUGGUGGCAAAAAAUGGUUUUUCCUGUUCGCCGUGUUUGGUUUGCUGUUUCUGCUCGUGUUAAAGCUCGUAAAAAUGGUCCUGGGCUUUUGAAGCUUCGCGAUGACAUACAAACUUGUGGCUAUGAAGAUGUUCAGGUUAUGUGGGAAAUGCUCAGAAGAACCGAGUCGGAAGUGACAUCUAAGCACCAGAAGCGCAAGCGCAGACCAUUGUGGAGGAUUUUUGUAUGGUCCACCCAUAGUUCUAACUCAUCCUUCUCCUCAGAUCAUGCUCAUCAAUAGACAACUUUGCUACAUCUUCAACAACAAUAAAAGUAUCUGAAGAGUGAAGACGCGUGUAUGGCGCUUCCAUUUCUUGAGCCCCACAGGGUGGUAUAACCUGAGAUAUGGUACAAAAGCUAUUGUAUGUCCAUAUCAGCAUAGGAUGAAGUAUAUCUACUAUACCUCUAUAGCUAGCAUGACCAUAACGAGACUAUCUAUGAUGGUGUCAUUUGUAAAUAUACCAUCUUUGUGAUGAUCCGCGAUCAUGUUACAGCAUUAAAUAGAUAAAAAGAACUGUGAAGAGCUCAACUUUCCUCUGGGAGGUUAA